UAUAAUUUUGUCUAAUCCACGUGGUCGCAGUAAUGACAGCAAAAGGAAACACUCUUCAUAGCACUCUCUCGAGCUUUUUAAUUUUCACUCAACAACGCGAUUGAAGUCUGAAGACCGUGAUAAAGUAAACAUAGCAUCCACGUCACUCUCUCUCUUCACUCUACUUUCCCCUCAUUCCGGAUCUCACUCUACCACCGUCACCAUGGACCCGCCGUCUCCGCCACUCACCGCCUCGAGUAAAAUCCGUUUUAUGUGCAGCUAUGGUGGUCAUAUAAUCCCUCGCCCAUCCUCCAAGUCCCUAUUCUACGCCGGCGGGGACACACGCAUCAUCACCGUUCCUACCACCGCGACCGCCACGCUCUCCUCUCUGGUGGGACACGUCGGGACCUCCCUCGGAGUUCAAUAUCCGUUCACGAUCAAGUACCAGCUGCCACACCACGACCUCGACUCUCUAAUCUCUCUGUCCACCGACGAUGAUUUACAAAUCAUGCUGGAAGAGCACCUCCGCCUUCUCUCUCCUCCGCCCUCCCGCAUCCGAUUGUUCUUGUUCGCAACAAAACCCUCGAUCCAGCAACCACACCGCGAGUCGACUCAAUCCGCUUUGAAGCAUCCGAAGACGGAGACUUGGUUUGUGGAUGCGUUGAAGGGCGCGAAGAUUAUGCAGAGGGGAGGGAACUGCAUUGGGGGUUUUGGAGGGGAGGCGCAGGGUGAGGGUAACGGCGGCGGUGGGGGGAUUUGUGGUGCUGAGUCGUUGGUUUUGGAGACGAGUUCCUCUUUUGGGUCGACUUCAUCUUCGGUUUCUUCAUCAAAUUUGCCUCCUAUAACGGGCCAGAGUGAGGAAAGUGUGACUAAUUUGCAGGAUAACAAGGUCAAAUUGACUUCGUCGGAUUUCGUUACCAGUGAGAAUAGUGUGGCAAGUGCUGUUUCUCAAGACCAAGGUGUUCAUGUUACUUCCAUGGAAAUGGAGAGUAGAGUUCAUAUUCCUUCGUCUGGAGCUCAAAUGCAUAAGAUAGUUCAUGCUUCUGAUUACCCAUUAUCCUCACAUUUGGAUCAGUUGCAACAAAAGCACCACGUGCAAUUUGUUCCCUUGAAAACUAAUUACCCGAUGAGUGUAUUGCCAAUCCAGUCUUAUUACCCAGUUUAUAAUCAGCAGCCGCAGCUCUAUUACCUUCCAAAUCAACCCCACCCAGUGUACUUGUUACCUGUUGCACAACCUCAGACUUACAAUCCAUCGGUGCAUUGUGGUAUGGCUGAAACUGCACCUAUUGAUCCUAGUCGAUCCCCAAUGCAUCCAAAUGUUCCCGUUAUAGCUUCCCAGGUAGCUUAUAAGGAGGUAAACCCUGUUUCUGGAGCGGCCAACACCACAUUUGUCCACGUGCCUUACAGUGAAAAUAUGCAGCAAGUUGGAGUUGUUCCUCAAAUACAUUACCAGCCUCAGCCUGCUGAUGUUGCCAACAGGGAAACUGCUAACUAUAGUAAUGAGCUCGACGAUGACUCUCUGCGAGCCCAGAUAUACAAGUCUCAGCCUCCACCGCCACUAGUGCCUUCUCAGUUCCAGACUAUGACCAAUGCCACAGCCGUACUACUGUCAGAAGCUUUAGCUCAGCUGCAUACCGACAACAUCGAGCAACAGGCAAGAGCAUCACAGCCACUAUGAAUCUAUUUCCAAAGAAGGAACAGUUUUGGUAGAGAUGAUUUCCUAAGUUUAGACUUAUUACAUGAACCUCCUUUUGUUUACAUCCUCCUUUGCUUAUAUUUCUGAUGUUGUUGUUUGACAAAAAAGGUUUGAAAUUAGUCAAAUUACAUGCCAAGUGUUAACACGAAAUUGUUGUAUGCGUGGAAUGUGAGUUUUAGUAGUUCAAUUGGCAAUUUGUAUUCUGCUUCAAGUUUAUAUAAGCAAUAUCACACAUGCUUUCCAUUCA